ACGACGACGGUUCACAAAAAGAGGUUUCUCUCGAAUAGCAGUGUCUAUAUUGACUGUGUAUAUCGGCGAGGGUAGUUUGUCGUUAGGAGCGUGAUUCAGCACAGCAUAUCAGCGAAGAAUGCUUCCGCGGCGGUGCACGGCGUCAGCGGCGGCGGGGCAGACGGGGAGCAGCGACAGCGACUUGGAUGAGUUUAUUAUGCGGUGCCUCUCCUGCGAGGAUCAAUACGACAUGAUGGACUCCGGAACCUGCAGGGAGUGCUACCAAGAGGCCAACGAGGCCGAGGAGGAGCUCCGCCUCGAGAUCGAUGACCUCAAGUCCAAGGUCUCCUUCCUCACACUCUCCUCUCCCACUCUCAAUCCUUCUACCGCCGAUAUCGUCCUCGUUCCCGUCGACGACUCCGACGCCACUCCCAUUCCCGCUCACAAGCAUGUUCUGGUUAGUCGCUCUCCUGUUUUCAAUGCAAUGCUUGAGAAUGAUAUGGAGGAAAGGCGGAGUGGCACCAUCAAGAUUUCUGACGUAUCACAUGAUACCCUCCGCGCUUUUGUUAACUACUUAUACACUGCUGAAGCGCCCCUUGAUAACCAAAUGGCCUGUAACCUGUUGGUUUUGGGAGAAAAGUAUCAAGUGAAGCAUCUGAAGACAUACUGUGAGAAGUAUUUGAUCGCCAAAAUGAAUUGGAAUAGGGCUAUUGCAAACUAUGCCUUUGCAUAUCAAUACAAUUGCAAACAAUUACGAAGUGCGUCCUUGGCAGUGAUCUUGGACAAAAUGGAUUCGCUCACUCAAAAUGAAUAUUAUGCGGAGCUCGUGGACACCAAUCCUCGUCUUGUUGUGGAAAUAUAUGAAACAUAUAUUGGCAAGCAAUUAAACACCGCAGGCACCUGUUAGGUUAUAGGAACAAAGCUAAGGAAGUUAGUGAAAUCAGCUUUAAGCUGGGGUGUUACUUCUGUUGGGAUUAGAUUCUUGAUUGGUAAUUAGUCUGUGGUAGUAUAUAAAUUGUACAUUUUCAUACACCGCUACAGUUAAACAUGCAAUAGUACUGUUCUAUUUAACGAGUCUA